CAAACACCGGCAUCGGUAAGACCACAGCGAUGGACCUGGCCAGGAGGGGCGCGAGGGUGAUCAUGGCCUGCAGAGACAGAAAGCGAGCUGAGGCCGCAAUCCAGGAAAUCAUCCAGGAGACGGGGAACAGCCAGGUGAUCUUCAUGCAGCUCGACCUGGCCAGUCUGAAGUCUGUUCGCUCCUUUGCUGACAAAUUCCUCCAGUCUGAGUCCAGGCUGGAUCUGCUCAUCAACAACGCUGGUCUGAUGAGCGGUGGAAAGACGGAGGAUGGCUUCGGGAUGAUCUUUGGCGUCAAUCACCUGGGUCACUUCCUGUUGACAGUGUUGCUCCUGGACCGGCUGAAGGCGAGCGGGCCGAGCCGUGUGGUGACCGUGGCCUCCGUAGCACACGAGAUGGGGAAGGUGGAUUUUAACCUUUUGACGACUCAGAAAGAGUUAGGUAUCGGCAACGGCGACUAUCAGCUCUUCCAGAGGUAUUGCCACAGCAAACUGUGCAACGUUCUCUUCACCUACGAGCUCGCCAAGCGGCUGCAGGGCACUGAGGUCACCUGCUACAGCCUCCAUCCUGGGGCCAUAAAGACGGAGAUCGGUCGUUACUCUGGUUUCUGGUGGAAACUUAUCAUGACACCCAUCAUCUUCCUUUUCUUCGUGGAUGCUGACUCCGGAGCUCAGACCACUCUCCACUGUGCCCUGGAGGAAGGCAUCGAGCACCUCAGCGGCCACUACUUCACCCAGUGUGCGCCGCUGUUGAACAUCAAGUCGAAGGCGAGAGACGACGCUGUGGCCAAGAAGCUGUGGGAGCUCAGUGAGAGUUUCUGCGGUCUGUCCUAAAACCAAACCUGAAUUUUAAGCUUUUUUUUUUUCAAUGCAGAGUAAACUCUGUAUUUUCCUACAAUCACGAAACACUAAGUAAUAAUUACUUCUCUCCUUGAUCUACCUAAA